UAGAAGAUAAAACACAACACAAACUUCUUAUUCUCAGAAGUCGAAGAAGAAAGAAGAAGAGGAAAAGAAGGCGAGACAAAACGGAGACGAACACGACCACCACUCACCAAGAAGAAGAGAGAGAAAGAGAGCGGCUCUAGAGAGAGAAAGAGAGAGUGUAGAGAGAGAGAGGAGAUGGACGGAGGAGGAACCACGGGGAACUCCUCGCCGCCGCCGCCUCCCUCAUCCCCAUCUUCGCCCGGGCGGCGCGGGGUGCCGUAUGCCGUCUAUCAUUUCUCUACCAGCGGCGCUGCUGUCGCCGUCGCCACCGCCAUCACACAUCCAUUAGAUGUUCUCAAAGUUAGACUUCAGAUGCAGCUUGCUGGCCAGAGAGGAAACUUGGUUGGGAUGGGAGGGAUUUUCACACAAAUGGUAAAAACUGAAGGAGCUGGAGCACUAUAUUUAGGGCUCGCACCAGCACUUACUAGGUCUGUACUCUACGGUGGUCUUAGAUUAGGCUUGUAUGAGCCUUGCAAAUAUACUAGUGAAUACUUGUUCGGUUCUUCUAACUUUGGCAUGAAAUUUGCAUCUGGAGCUGUUUCUGGUGCACUUGCGACUGCAUUAACAAAUCCAACAGAGGUUCUCAAGGUGAGGCUGCAAAUGAAUUCAAACUCCACAAGUAGUCCCAUUAGAGAGAUGCGUAAAAUUGUGUCAGAAGAAGGGAUUAAAGCACUUUGGAAAGGAGUCGGUCCAGCAAUGGCCAGAGCAGGUUGUCUUACUGCAUCACAAAUGGCAACAUAUGAUGAAUCCAAGCAGGCCUUGCUCAGGUGGGCACUUCUGGAAGAAGGUUUUCAUCUUCAUCUCAUCGCAAGCUGCAUAGCUGGGACAGUAGGAACUCUUGUAACAGCACCAGUGGACAUGAUCAAAACCCGAUUAAUGUUGCAGCGAGAAUCUAAAGGAGUUAGAACGUACAAAAAUGGAUUUCAUUGUGCUUACCAGAUAGUGCUAACAGAAGGUAUAAGAGCAAUUUACAAGGGGGGGUUUGCGACCUUCGCGAGAUUAGGUCCGCAGACAGUUGUCACAUUUAUUGUAUGUGAGAAGCUACGGGAACUUGCAGGAAUAAAAGCCAUCUAGUCUUUUGCCCUAACAUUAUGAGAUGCUCUGCACUUCUGCAAAUGAAGAGCUGCUUGAUAAUUCGUUCUCUCUGUUCUCAGCUAUCCUCUUACAAAAGGAACAACACACAGGGCUAAUCGUAUACUUUCAUAUUUUCUUUGCCAGUUCCGUCAAUCCAAAAUUUUUUGGGUACUUUUUACCAAUUUGACAAUUCUAUUCGAUUUACAAUUGUACAUUCUAAAUUGUCAUAGAGAAAUACAUUACAGAACAUUUUCCAUUGGCUUUGAUUUCGUUUAAAGCAGAGCUAUCCUUUGAAGAAGGACAGGAGCACAUGUGAACGCUUAGAGAUUCUGAGGCUGUCGAAGUGAUAGAAACUUCUAUAACGUGAAAUAAAAACAGUGCUUUAACGUAAGUCGAAAGUACAUUCUGAGAUUUGUGGAGCAUCUGGUUGUGCUUACUAAUUCCCAAGAUCAGUUCCAGUGGUUAAUCAGCAGAAAGCAACAACAAAGAGGAUCAGCCAUAUACUUAUUCAUAUUCUGAAACAGUUCUAUCAAUCCACAAAUUUUUCCUUUAUUUUGGAUAUAUUUGCACCAAUUUUGAGUUUUUAGUUAAUUUACAGUUGUACAUUCUAAUUUGUCAGAUGUAUUUUCUAAUCUGUCGAAAGAAAUACACUGCAAUGUUUUCAUUUGAAAUUUGAAGUAGAUCUUAUGUAGUGAAGCAGCAAGAGCAUUUUACUGCACCUCAAAGAAGCUGGGGCUGUUAGCCUUCUUUGAGUCUGACAUUUAAAUGCUUGUCAUAAGCCUUUGCGUAAAUAUUUUUGACUGAUUUAGAAUGCAAUGUUAUGGUGAGUUUCAGCUUUUA